CUCAGUUUCUCAGCGGCAGCUUUUAAACCACAGCAGCACCUUUUUGAUCAUAAAGCGGCUUCCGGAGUUCCCGACUCUGAGCUUUUCUCUUUUUUGUUGCUUUUUUUUCCCCCCAACGUCAAACCAUUCUGCACUACUUCACAUCCGGACUCGAACAGCGCUGUGAAUAUGGACUAAACCAAGAAUGCAGCACGCUUGGGAAUUCAUUAUUAUUUUACACGUUAAUGUCAUCGUUUGUGAAGCACAGCCUACAUCCUCAAUGCCUCAUGAUGGAUGGUGGGCUUACAAAGAUGUCAUAGAAGGAAGCUUUAUCCCAGUUCCCUCUUUUUGGGGAUUGGUGAACUCCGCGUGGAAACUUUGCUCCGUUGGGAAAAGACAGUCGCCGGUAAACAUUGAGACCCGCCGUUUGACCUUUGACCCCUUCCUUACGCCGCUACGCAUCACAGGAGGAAGAAAGAUCAGUGGUGUGCUGUAUAACACCGGUCGUCACGUGAUACUGCGCGUGGACGGCUCGAAGCGCGUGUGUGUGUCUGGUGGUCCGCUGAGUUACACCUACACACUACAGGAGAUCAGACUGCAUUUUGGCAACGAUGACACGCACGGCUCAGAGCACCUGAUCAAUGGGAAUGCCUUUCCUGGAGAGGUGCAGCUAAUCCACUAUAACCAGGAUUUAUAUUUAAACUACAGCGAAGCUGAGAAGAACCCGCAUGGAGUUGCCAUCAUCUCUCUCUUCAUGAAGAUAUCAGAGCCAACUAAUCCAUUUCUCCUCCGGAUGCUGAGCAGAGAAAUUAUCACUAGAAUAACUUACAAACAUGAUGCGUAUGAACUUACGGGAUUGGAUCUGGAGGAAUUGUAUCCUGAAACAUGGCGCUUUAUAACCUAUGAAGGCUCGCUGACGGUGCCACCAUGUCUUGAAACGGUCACGUGGAUCCUGAUGAAUAAACCUGUCUACGUCUCACAUAUUGAGUUACAGUCUCUGCGUCUCCUCAGUCAAAAUGCAGUGUCUCAGAUCUUUAUCAGUUUAAGCGAUAACUAUCGGCCGCAGCAGAGCCUCAACCAGCGCUGCAUACAUACCAACAUCAACGUCAACACGCACACACACCAGUGUGCUAAUACACUCAGGACACACUACAGGGUGAAUGAGUGGCUGCUGAAAUAACCCCUGUAAUAAAUGGUGUGUAUGUAUCUUCUGCAAAGAGACAAAAGAGAGAUGACUAAAGCACAUAUGUCUUAUUUUACCUUGUAUUAUGAUUAAAUAAAGC